CAAUGAAAAGGUAUUUAUUUAAUAGUAUUCUUGCAUUCUGAAAAGCAAUUGAAAGUUUAAAGUGGUUUCAUCCAGUGCCGUGCAAGCGCGCCACCUAUCCGUUUGUUUUGAAACUACAGACUCAUGACGUCACACCUUAGCAUCAGUCCGUCUCUAGGGCAGCAGUCUUGGGUAAACUAUUGGCUGUAUUGCAGGACCGCUCAAUUCGCCGAGUGGUUACGCCUGGACAAUGGCGAUUACCGCUAUGUCUGAGUGACAGAAAGCUGUUGAGCCGCUAAGGACGGCGAUUGGGACUUAACAGUGAAUGCUGUGUUAGGUUUCUACCAUGGAGAGCCUUCCGGAGUUCAUGGAGGACCUGCGGCAGCGGCCCCGGACGGUGGCCGUGGGUAGGCGGGACUGGGGAGAGCCGGGACCGCCGUCAAUGUUGUUUGACAGAGCCGCACGAGCCCAUAGUUGUCGAGCCCCCUGGGCACAGGAUCGUACCGCCGUGCGGACCACGGAGCUGUCCUAUAUUUGGUCCAGCAUGUCCCUUACCAGACCCCCCUCCAGCACGUUUGGUGGACCACCCCCCACCAGAGCCAACGCAGGGGGGCGCAGGCUCUCCAGAUUAUCAAAAAUGUCAUCAAGUAGUGUCAUGAAACCAAAAACACCUUCCAAGCUGCUGUACGAGUCUGAUGCCACUACAACAAGUGAGGCUGGGAAAGUGUACUGGCCUCGUGGCCUCACCGUCAGCCAGACGGGAGACAUCUUCGUGGCCGACACUGCCAACCAUCGCAUCCAGGUCUACACUCCCUGUGCCAUCCACAAGGCUAGCUUUGGGUCCUUUGGGACAGGAACGGGUCAGUUUGACCAGCCUAGUGCAGUAGCCAUGUGUGGGGACCACGACAUUGCUGUGGCAGAUAUGAAGAAUAAACGUGUGCAAGUCCUGUCUGAAAACGGUCGCUGCAAGUGCACGUUUCAAACCCAAUGGGAACCCCAUAGCAUCGUGUGUGACCCUGACAAAAACAUCAUUGUGGCAAACAGCAACAACGAGAUAGAGGUCUACUUCCCCGAUGGUGAACUGUACACAACUUUUAAGGUAAAAGAGGGGCUACCGUACAGGAGCUAUCAGUGGCCUUUAUUUGUCAGCCAGAACACAAGAAAUGAAAUUGUCGUUUCUGAUCCAGUCACCCAGCUGGUCAAGUUCUACGACUAUGACGGAGACCUGCAGUCUGAGUUCAGGCCUACGGUUCGGCAAGGGGUCGGCGUAAGAGUUGUCCCUCGUGGGAUUUUCUGUGACCGAGUUGAUAACAUCUUCCUGGUGGAUGGACUUAACCACACCGUGAACUACUACAGUGAUAACGGCUGGCACCUGGAGCAGAUGCUGACGUCUGCUCACGAGCUGGGCACUCCGCAGGCCGUGGCCCUGACUCCAGAGAAGCACCUGGUGGUGUCAGAGUGCAGUGUCAACGGCAGCCACUGUGUCAAAAUCUUCCGCGGCUUCUCCUGUGACUGUCACAAGUCCCGCCCGGGGUCGGUGAAGCGAAAGUCGGCUGGCUUUCAGCCUGCGAAGAGUGCCCCCGCAGCCAUGAUAUCCAUGGGUAUUUCUGCAAUACGAGAAUGAUGUGUGUGGUAAUUAAACACCAGAUAGCUGGCUGUUAUUCAUAAAGUGAAGUCAACCAUUGAGGUGAAGUCAACACAUUGAGUGCAGUCUGAAAGAGGCCACGUGACCAAGCUAUGCCUCAGUGAAUGAUACCAUGUAAUGAAGAUAUGCUAGACUGAAGUUUAAUACUUGCCAACCAUUGAAGCAUGGAAAUAAAUACUAAACAUGACAAAGGUAGCUAACUCAAUACUGCUGCUGUUUUUGUAAGGCAUUGUGUUUGAGAUGAACAAGAUCUUUUUAUUUUCAAACAGUGUAAUUGUUUAAGAUUUGCACCAGAGGAGUACACAAGUGUGCUAGGCAGAUCAUAGAUUGUGUGUGCAAUAUUACUAUUGUACCUAAAGAUUUAGUUCAUGUACUUGCCACAUUAACCUUUGAUACUAAAUACCUAAGAUGAGAUUUUCUAAAACAAACAUUGUCAAGAUGUUGAAAAAAACAGUUUGUCGAUUUAGAAGUUCCACCAUUCACUUUAGGAAAGUGAUUACUGGAGACAUUUUGAUCUUGUAUGAUAUAAAAGUAAGUACAGUAUAACCAAUGUUGUAAGUGUGAGGAAUGACAUUUAACAUUACACAUUUGAGAUUCUAUUUUCUACACUUGGUAUGUUGUGAUGCACCAUUACUACUCAUCAUUUAUGUAAGUGAUUGAAGUCCACUCAGUCUUCACCAUUCUAUGUGCCAAAUUAUACAGUAACGUAUUUAUCAUAGGUUCAAUAGAUUAUGUCUUCUUGGUUGCUAGUAGAGAAAUAACUUGUUUCUGUGAUCAAAGUAUGAUGAUGAAUUAUUUUGAUAAUAAUUAAUUGAAAUCAGAAAAAUAUAUAAUUAAACUGACAUGAUUGCUGCUAUCAUUAGAUCCUGGUUUUGGAAUGUUUACAUUUGACAGAGUAUGACAUUGAUUCUGUCUCAAUAAGAAAACUUUAAUUCAAUUGCUGCUAGAGUUCACAAAGUAGAAUGAAAUCAGGUGCACACACUCAGCUUGUUCUGAAAUUAUAUGACUUUAAAACUUUAACAAUUGCACUUAAAAUCUGUUGUAUUAUUGUCACCAUCCUGAGAACUACAGGUAAUAUUACUUUAAUUUUAUCUGCCUCUCACAUGUGUCACCAUGGCAUAUGAUUGAAAAUGACAAUAAAACUGAAUGAAAUUGGCUGUCAGUUUCUAAUUUUU